AUGGACCCUUUCUCUAGCUUACAAGUCCCCGAUGAUUCGCAGCCCGGACCCUCGCGCCAGCACGGUGCUAGGCCAGUCUCCGUCCAGCCCAUGUCCUCAACAGCCAACUCGCAGUCGGCGAACCGGAAACGUGCGUCCCACAAUGUUGUGACGUCUCAACCCCAGCCAGAAGAGCAGCAGCCUAGCUACCGAGACAUCUACUCGCACCCCGCUGCCCUCGAGUAUGCGGCUGCCCACCCGCGGCGGACGAUCCCCAAGUUUGGGCCGUAUCUUCUCCUGCAGACGCUCGGCGAGGGCGAGUUCGGCAAAGUCAAGCUCGGGCUGCACAUGCAGUGGGGCGAGGAGGUCGCGGUGAAGUUGAUCAGAAGGGGAAACAUAGACUCCAGCGUGAGGAUGUCCAAGGUUGAACGCGAAAUCGAGGUUCUACGAACCCUCAAACAUCCUAACAUCGUACGGCUGUUCGAUGUUAUCGAGACGGACAAGUACAUUGGUAUCAUCCUGGAAUACGCUUCUGGCGGCGAGCUGUUCGACCACAUCCUCGCGCACCGUUACUUGCGGGAGAAGGACGCAUGCAAGCUGUUCUCACAGCUCAUCUCCGGCGUGUGGUACAUCCACCAAAAGAAAAUUGUUCACCGCGACCUCAAGCUCGAGAAUCUGCUCCUGGACCGUCAUCGCAAUGUUAUCAUCACCGACUUCGGCUUCGCCAAUCGCUUUGAGCACCGCGCGGACGACCUCAUGCAGACAAGCUGCGGCUCUCCCUGCUACGCUGCGCCCGAACUCGUCAUUUCGGAUGGUCUGUAUGUCGGUUCCGCCGUCGACAUUUGGUCAUGUGGCGUGAUCUUGUAUGCUAUGCUUGCCGGGUACCUCCCCUUCGACGACGACCCGGCGAACCCUGACGGCGAUAACAUCAACCUGCUUUACAAGUACAUCGUCAAUACGCCGCUCUCCUUCCCCGACUACAUUUCUGACGAUGCACGGGACCUGCUCUCCAUCAUGCUUGUCCCGGACCCUUCUCGUCGUGCGGACCUCCCGUCCAUCAUGGCGCACAGAUGGCUUGCGCCAUACGCCCAUCUGUUCCAGAAGAGCGUGACCGAACUGGAGCGCACUGCGAUCGAGCAGCACCAUCAGAAGAGGCUGGCAUACCAGAGGCAGAUGAAGGCAGCGGCGAACACGGAGGGAGCGUCGGCGCAGAAGAUGGCCCGUAGCCAGAGUGCACGUGUCGAGGGCUACACGUCGCCCACGUCCCCCUCGGGCUCGCGCGGCCACCGCGACCAGAGGUAUGCUCCGCAGGCACAGCCGGAGUUCCUGUACGAGACUUCGGCACCGUCGAGCUCGAGUCGUCGGGGCGUCAACUCCGCCAUCGUCCUCCCCACGUCUUCCCCCCUCGAUCUGGAGGACGACCCGUUCGCGCCUUCUCCGUCUCAGGAAGUGCCGUCCAUCGCUCUACUGUCGGCACAGGUACCACAGGAUGUUACUAACGGCGUCUUCGAUGACGAUCGCAUGCAGGUCGACAGCGGGCUGGCCCCCAAGUCGACCGUCCCUCCUCCGGCUUCGUAUGCGCCGGUCAAGACGACUUCCCCCGAGUCGAAACGGUCGAAGGUUCGCGACAGGCACACUAUUCAGGUGGAGUACGGCGAGUCGGAUUCGAAACCAAAGCCGUCUAAGGAGCGGAUUCGUACCAACGGCAGCACGGCGACCCCCGAGCGUGCGACGAAGAAGCAGUCGCUCGACAUCGAUGCCAGGUCUUCACAGAAGCCGCUCCCUGGCACGCCUGCGUCGGCGUCGCGAACGCAACCCGAUGGCGCGGCGACGUCGAGGUCGGCUGUCCCCACGUCCCCCGCUCCCCCGGUGUCCAUCGAGGUCACUGGCCCACCUAUCACUCCAGUCACGUCGGUCGACGAUAAGCACGCUCAGUCUGCGAUCUAUGCUCAGAACGGCAGCACGGGCUCGACGGGCUCGGACUCGUCGAAGGGCCGCCACCGGAAGGGUCUGUCCAUCGACAAGAUCGGGAUCUCGAAGAUGUUUGGGUCCGGGUCGGGCUCGGAGCAGCCGGCGACGAACGGCAGCGUGUCGCGCACGCCGUCGCAGAGCCAGAGGUCGGUCAAGGAGAGCAGCGUGCCGGCGUCGCUCAAGGACAUUGUCCGCCGCCCAUCGAGCGUCCAGGUCGGCACCUCCACCACCGCGUCCGUCGACACCAGCGGAGAUGCGGCCCUGCUCAGCCCGGGGAGCACGGCCAGCAGCAAGAAGGCGUCGAGGCGGAACACGCUCACGGUCAUGGUCGCUCCCAUUCGCAGCUCGAUGAAGCCACGCUCGAAGAAGACUGUCGAGACUCCGCUGAAGGAGAAGGUGGAGGACAAGGACCGCCUGCAUCCCCCAGAGGGACCUGUGGUUCCCGCGAAGGCGGAUAUUGUGCCGCCCUCGACGCCGCAAGGGAUGCGCUCGGCCCGGGCCGAGGCGAGCGGGACGUGGAGGAGUGUGCCGAUCCCGGCGUCGACGGUCAAGGCGAGCAGGGUCAUGCAGUGGUUCUGGUCGAAGAGCAAGGGCCGCGGGCCGUCAGAUAUCUCGGAUGGAGAGGUCGAGAAACCCGCCGCGGACGAGAUCGCGCCGCUCGCGGCCACCCGACCUGUCCCCGUAGAGCGCACUGGGCCCUCAAUCAACAUCAACACCCACCUCGUUCCCGCGCCGUCGGAGAAGGUGCAUUCGCCUAUUCCCCUCACGGCGACGCCCUCGGACGGGUCGUUCGCGCCAAACCAGCCCCAUGGCUUCACGGACCGGAUGCUGCGCGGCAUCAGCGGCGGGCGCGUCCAGCUGCGCGUGCACCACGGCGCGGUGGACCAGACGACGAUCACGACGGGCUCGCCCCCGGAGGUGAUGAAGCACGUCAAGAUGGUGCUCGAAGGGAUGGGCAUAGAUAUCGCGGUCGAGCACGAGUACAAGUACAGGUGCAUCCGGCCGAAGAGGAAGCGCGCGGGCUUGGGCUUGCGUGGGGAUGGCGGUGGGAGCUUGGCGGCGUUCACUAUUGUUGGAUCGGCCGCUUCGAACGGGGUCGACAAGAGAGGACUGCCUGUCCCUUCGCAGUCGCAGUCGUCCUUCGGCUCGUCGACUGGGGGCAUGCUCCGCGGGCUGCUUAUGCGCCGUCAGUCGUCGCAGGUGUCCACGGGCACGCUCCAUCAGAUGUCGCCUUCGAUCGAGUCUGAAGCGGGCUCCGACGCCGUGCUGGCUAAUGCUGUCCCGGGCGCCGCGAGCGAUGCUUCGUCCCCGGUCUCCCUCGACACUGUCUAUGGGGACCAGCAGCACGAUGCGGGCGACGAGGUUCGGUUCUCGGUGGAGUUGACGCGUCUUGACCGUUUGGACGACACUUACAGUUUGGAUAUUCGGAGGUUGAAGGGCAACCUCCGGAGCUACAAGUUCUUGUACGAUACCCUCAGACAACGUGCUGAUCUUCAGCGUUGA